GCAGCUGGGAUGAGUUAAUUAUUAAUUAAUAUAUAUUUUAUAUUAAUAAUCAGAGGGCGACCCUUUAUAGUCAUGGAAGUGAUCCGGCGGCCGCUGGCGAGAUCUUCGCUGGUGGCGCUCUUCUUCGCCGUCCUCACUGUCGGCGCGUUCAUCUCCACGCGCUACCUCGACUCCUCUGCUACUGCUUUGAUGAAUAGAAAUGAUUCGCCACAAAUACAAACACUAACCACUAGGACAGCUCAUAAUCCUCCCAAACCCAUAGACAUCCCGUUAAACUGCUCCCUCGGAAACCCGACCCGAACCUGCCCCGCAAAUUACUACCCGUCAAGAAUCCCGGUCGAAAACGGAAACCUUCUAGAAGCACACCCGCAAGACCUUCUAGAAGCACCCCAAUCCUCAUGCCCCGACUACUUCCGUUGGAUCCACGAAGAUCUAUACCCGUGGAGGGAAACGGGUAUUACCCGCGAAAUGAUAACGAACGCAAGCCGAACGGCCAAUUUCCGUUUAAUAAUACUCGACGGCAAAGCCUAUGUGGAAAAAUAUAGAAAAUCGUUCCAAAGUAGAGACACUUUCACCCUGUGGGGAAUCCUACAGUUGCUAAGGCGGUACCCCGGCAAAAUCCCCGAUUUAGACCUAAUGUUUGACUGCGUUGACUGGCCCGUCAUCAAGAAGGAAAUAUUCUUCACCGGCACGAACUACCGGGCCCCACCCCCGGUUUUCCGGUACUGCGGCGAUGACUCGACUUUUGAUAUCGUCUUUCCCGAUUGGUCUUUCUGGGGCUGGCCGGAGAUUAAUAUAAAACCGUGGGAAGGUUUGUCGAAGGAUUUAAAAGAAGGGAAUAGGAGAAGAAAAUGGACGGAGAGGGAACCGCUUGCUUAUUGGAAGGGAAAUCCGAAGGUUGCUGCCACGAGGAUGAAUUUGCUUAAGUGUAAUGUUUCGGAUAAACACGAUUGGAAUGCUCGUGUUUAUGCUCAGGACUGGCGGAGAGAAACGGAAGAGGGUUUCAAGCAAUCAGAUUUGGCAAGUCAAUGUAUUCACAGAUACAAAAUCUACAUUGAAGGAUCUGCAUGGUCGGUGAGCGAGAAAUACAUUCUUGCAUGCGAUUCUAUGACAUUGCUCGUAAAGCCUCAUUACUACGAUUUCUUCACGAGAGGUUUGAUCCCUCUAAAACAUUACUGGCCAAUUAAAGAAGAAGACAAGUGCAGAUCCAUUAAAUACGCGGUCGACUGGGGAAAUAGCCAUCAAGAAGAGGCUCAGGCGAUUGGCAAGGAGGCGAGCAAAUUCGUUCUAGAAGAGCUAAAAAUGGAUUACGUAUACGAUUACAUGUUCCAUCUAUUAAGUGAGUAUUCUAAGCUAUUAAAAUACAAGCCAACCGUGCCAAACAGAGCUGUAGAGCUUUGUUCGGAGUCAAUGGCCUGCACCGCACAGGGGCUCAAUAAAAAAUUCAUGACCGAGUCAAUGGUCAAAGGGCCCGCAUUAUCGAACCCAUGCACAAUGCCCCCGCCUUAUGACCCAGCAUCUCUCCACUCUCUUAUCGAAAGAAAAGAUAGCGGAAUAGAGCAAGUGGAGAGUAGGGAAAGAGAAUAUUGGCUGAGUCUUAACAAUAAGCAAAUGCACUAGUAGUAACAUAAAUCUUCUUUAUAAUUUGUUUUCUUUAAUUUCACAGGUAUAGUACAAAUGAAUGAAUGAAUAUUCUUCCUUUGUUAUAUAUACAUAUAGGACCACCAUUGUUGAGUUUCA